AUGACAGAGCCUGAAGCCGAACUUCAGGCCAGUGCCAACUUGUCUCCAGUGUCACCGUCACCCGUCCAUACCGCAGCACCACUCGUUGUGCCAGCACUUCAAGACACUGUCGAUACCAUCGACGCCAUGGUUGCUGCCGCUGCUGGUGCCCUUGAUGGCCAUGUCGACACUCCAGUCGUCGAGCCAGUCGUCGAUCCUGCCCUCGCAGAUGCCAUUGACAACGACGAUGUUGUAGAUGACGACAGCUUUAACGAUGCAUAUGGGGAGGACGCCGAGCCUGGACAACCUCCUCAGGCUCAGGCUCAGCCAGAACCUUCAGAAAACAAUGACGAUUACGCCAAGACGUUCGACUCGCCCAUCGAACCUGAACAAGAGGUGGAUCUGGAUAAUGAACCACAUGUACAGUCAACAGAUGCGCCAGAAUCCAAUCCACUUCCCAUUCCCUCCGAGCAGUUGAACAUCAGUCAUUCUUCAGAAGUUACCCCCGCUGCCGCCCAUGAUCCGUCUGCAACAUCGUCCACAUCUCCUGCCUCAAACGACAUUCAAAAUGCCCAGCCCGAGACUUCUUCCGACCCUACCAUGCCGACCGCGGCAGACGUUUCCGAGGGGAAUGCGCAAAAUGAAGACCAAGGAGCCCAGUCUGUGCACACAAAUGGUUCAAACCCCGCUGUCACAGAUACGCAAAGUUCAUCGUCGCUUGAUAUCCAGAAACUCGUGGCUGAUCUCACUGCCCAACCUACUGAAUCCAAUGCUGGCAAUGAUCCACCCAGUGCUUCGCCAGCACAAGCACAGGCUGAACCGCCCUCGGGUUCUGCCUCUCUGUCGUCCUCGACUGCGUUGCCAACUACCUCUUCCCUACCCCCAAGGCCUCCCCAACCUCACUCUGCUUCCCCAUUGUAUGCCUCGCAGCAUCAUCCCGCUGGGGCUAACUCUAGUGCAACCGCAAAUCCUGGUGCUCAAUCAAGUACUGGCUCAGCUUCAUCAUAUCACAUCGGCAGUGCCCCAGGAACUUCAGCAGAGUCUGUUGCCAAUCUUCCCCCUCCGCCUUCCAGCGCCCUCAAUGUCCCACCAUAUGCCACCCAGGCGGCACAUGGGUACUCCGCGGAUCAGGGUCGUGAUGUAGAGUAUCAGCGCAAAUGGGAUCAAUUCAUGGCCGACGAGAGACAAUAUAUGUCAGAGGCUAAAUGGGACCGAUUCCCUGAGGGGUCCCGUAUCUUUAUUGGCAAUCUUUCAAGUGACAAGGUUUCCAAACGCGAUGUGUUUGACUUGUUCCAUAGAUAUGGUAGGCUAGCCCAAAUUUCCUUGAAAUCCGCAUACGGAUUCGUGCAGUACCACACGAUUGAGGAAGGCCAGAGAGCCAUGGACAACUUGCAGGGCAUUGAGAUUAAGGGUCGCCGCAUUCACCUGGAAAUCUCGCGAGUGCAAGAUAAGUCAAAGAAGGAGCGCAACAGAAGCCCAGACAGAACCCGCGGUCGCGAGAACGGGCGGAGAGGUGAUAAACACAGCAGGGACGAUUAUCGCCCUGGCCGAAACCACUCUCCACGCCGCAACGAUUAUCACGCUCGAGAUGAUAGCUUUGGAGGUAGGGACCGUGGCUAUAGCGACUCUGGUCGUGGCGGUCGAGGACGGUCUCGGUCACCUGACUAUGGGCGAAAUGACCGCGACCCAUACCGCAGACGCAGCCCGAGUCCCCAUGGAAGGCCUCGUAACGAGCCAGAGCUCGAUAUUCCCCGACGUUAUGGCGCCGAUGUGCCAGACGUACAGAUGAUUUUGCAACCAGAUGUCAACCGGGAUUUUGUCAAUUGGGUCGAAGGGGCCUUCAAAGCCAAGGGGCUAAAGACCCAGGUUAUGUACCUCCAUCCUCGGUUCCCCAAAGAUCAAGUUAUUCAGCGACAAGCGGCGGAAGGUGUCCACGGUGUUGUGGACUUGGAUCUCCGUGCUCAGAACCUCGCCAGAAUUCCUGUGCAGGUGUUCGACCGCUCUGCUGGCAACAACAAUGUCCGCUUUGAUCAAUACGUGGACCUCGACCCUGGCACCGCCGCAGAAGUGAUUCUGCGCGCUAAAUCCAGCGCCGCACCAGCAACCUAUAGUCAGGGCUACGCUGGCGGAAAUGGUGCAUAUCAGAACCCCUAUGGAGCACAACCUCAACAACCCAGCUACAACGGGAGUCAACCAUCCGCGGCAUAUCAUACACAGCCACAGCAACAGCAGCCACCACCUACAUCUGCUGGUGAUAUUGCCAGUCUUAUAGGCCAAGUCGAUAAUGCAACACUCCAGAGACUGCUGUCAACGAUUCAGACCCCAGGAGCUACACCUCUAGGUGGAGGGUACCCUCACACUGCAGCUGGAGCUGUUCACACAAAUCCCAACCCUCAGGUUGAUAUCCAAGCUAUCUUGGGGAGCUUAGGCGGAGCAAACGCACAACAGCAUGCCCCUCCACAACCACCAUAUGGAGGUCCCUACGGAGGUCAGCCACCAAGUGGAGGCGGGGGUCAAGGUGCUGCUGGAAACAAUGGAGAUGCUGCCAACCAGGUGCAAAAUAUCAUGGCACAACUCGCGCGCUAUAGACAGUGA